AUGUGUUUUGGAGGGCGUGCUAGAUGUAUAGGCUACAAGUUGCUCAUUCUUGCUUCGCUUUGCAUCGUGGCCAACAUUUUACUUUAUUUUCCCAACGGCGAAACAAGAUUUGCUUCAGAGCAUCAUCUCGGCAAAUACGUGGAGUGCCUUCAUGGCAUUCUAGGCGGAGGCUUUCUGGUCCUCGUCCCGGCUGUGGUAUUCAUUGGGCUCCACGAUGACAACUGCUGCGGGUGCUUUGGCCACGAGCACUGCGGGAAGAGCUGUGCGAUGCUGUCCUCUGUUCUGGCGGCCUUCAUUGGGAUCCUUGGUUCUGGGUACUGUGUCAUCAUUUCGGCACUGGGCUUGUCUCAUGGACCGUAUUGCUUUACUCACCUAGAGAGAAACUGGGCCUAUCCUUUCACUGACUCCUCUGGAGGGUACUUGUUUGAGUAUAACAAGUGGUCUGAAUGUCAGGAACCCCAAAACAUCGUGCAGUGGAACGUCACCCUCUUUUCCAUCCUCCUUGUCCUGGGAGCGAUCGAGUUCAUCCUGUGCUUUGUGCAGGUCGUCAAUGGCCUUCUGGGCGGGCUGUGCGGGCUGUGCUGCCGGCACGAGGAGAUUUGUAUUAAAAAUACCCAGCAGGUGUCAGUGGUUCUUUCCCUGCCCGCGCCGGAGCAGCGCGCUCCUGCUCAGGGUGAAGGGCAGCGGUGGCGUGAGAAGGCGGACGUGGAACGGCCAGGGCAGACCCUGGCGGAGCGGAGCCCCUGGGCGGUUUGGUGUCGGUCCCUGCGCCCCAGCCGAGGUGCGAGGGUUCAGCGGCCGCGGGUGCAGCUGCGAUCCGCUGCCUCAACCCCGGCUCUGGGCUCGCCGCUUGUUGCUGGUGGCGGCCCCAAGGACGGAGCGGGGUUCCCGUGCGGAUGA